GCAGCAAAUGGCUAUGACUAACGAGUGGCUGCUAUGGCUGACCCUGUCUGCCAUCGCAGGUGCUUGGCAAAGCGAGGCAAAGUCUGCAGUGUUUUCCUCCAUGUCCCAGAUGGCUGAGAAAAUAAAAGGAGUGAGUCCCAUCCACAACGGUCAGGUUUGCAGUACAUGGGGAAACUUCCACUUCAAGACCUUUGAUGGAGACGUGUUCCAGUUGCACUCCACCUGCAACUACGUCCUGACCUCCUCAUGCAGGGGCAGCUACAACGACUUCGACAUCCAGAUAAGACGAGCUGAGGCUGGCGGCCACCCCACCAUCAAACACAUCAUAAUGAAGCUGGACGGUUCAGUUGUGGAGCUGUCAAACGGCUCAGUGGUCAUUGAUGGCAAAUUAGCCAAUUUACCGUACAGUCACUCAGGAUUGUUCAUCGAGAAAACCCCAACCUACAUCAAAAUCAAAGCAAACUUGGGAUUGGUUGCUGUCUGGAAUGAGGAGGACUCUUUUCUGGUGGAGCUAGACCUGAAGUACAAAAACCAAACGUGUGGGCUUUGUGGAGACUUUAAUGGGGUCCAGCUCUACAACGAGUUCUACAGUCACGGUGUGAAAAUUUCCCCGGUGAAUUUUGCCAACUUCUGGAAAAUGAAUGGUCCAACUGAAAGCUGCUCUGGCAACACCAAGGAAUCACCACAGAGCUGCAACGACAUGAAACCUCUGUGUGAGCAGAUCCUCACGGCACCGGCCUUCAACAGCUGUCACAGUCUGCUAGAUGUCGACGCCUUCACCUCAGCCUGCGUCGCAGACCUCUGCCAAUGCGGCGACGGCAUUGAUGAUCUCGCAGACCCCUUCUGCCUGUGUGGCACUGUGUCCGAGUUCUCCAGACAGUGUGUCCAUGCCGGCGGCAAGCCUCACAACUGGAGAACCAAAGAGCUCUGCUGGAAAUCAUGUCCCCACAAUAUGGAGUACAAAGAGUGUGGGAGUCCCUGUUCUGACACCUGCUCCAACCCAGAGGCCAGCCACACCUGUGACAACCACUGUAUCGACGGAUGCUUCUGCCCUGCAGGGAUGGUGCUGGAUGAUUUAAACACAAAGGGUUGUGUUCCACUGAGCAAGUGCUCCUGCAGCUAUAACAGCAAAACCUACGGACCAGGAGAGUCCUACUCCAGUAACUGUAAAACUUGUGUGUGUGAGAGCGGUCGGUGGAUGUGUACAGAGGGGAACUGCCCAGGAAGCUGCUCUGUGGAGGGAGGGGCUCACGUCAACACCUUCGAUGGGAAGGUCUAUACCUUUCAUGGGGACUGUUCCUACAUUCUGACAAAGGACUGCAAUGGAACCCAGUUUGUGGUACAGGGAGAACUGACUCAGUGUGGACUGACUGAGAGUGAAACCUGCCUCAAGUCUGUUACGCUGGCUCUAUCUGGAGGGGCUAAUGUGAUCACCAUCCAGCCCAGCGGCAAGGUCUUUGUGAAUGGCAUCUAUGCUCAAUUACCCUUCUCUGCUGCUGGGAUCUCCGCCUUCAGCGGGUCUUCUUUCUACCUGCUGGUCCGGACAUCUGUCGGCGUUCUGCUGGAGGUGCAGCUGCAGCCAGUCAUGCAGCUUUACAUCAGAGUGAGCAGUGACUACAAGGACAGGACCUGUGGUCUGUGUGGGAACUUCAACAGUAACCAAGCUGACGACUUUCUGAAGCUCAGUGGCGUCCAAGAUGCCACAGCAGCCGGUUUUGUCAACAGCUGGAAGACGCAUGCCAGUUGCACAGACAUUCAGAGGAUCUUUCAGAACCCCUGCAGUCUCAGUCUGGACAAUGAGAAGUACGCCCUGCACUGGUGCUCCAUGCUGAGUGAUCCUCGGGGAGUGUUCGCCCCCUGUCACCCAGAGAUCAGUCCUGACUCUUACAAAGAGAACUGCAUGUAUGACAGCUGUAACUGUGAGAGAAGCGAGGACUGCAUGUGUGCCGCAGUCUCCUCUUAUGUCCACGCAUGUGCAGCCGCAGGGAUCCAGAUCAGCGGCUGGAGGAAGAGCAUCUGUGGUAAAUAUGCCAGCUCCUGUCCGAGCACCAUGGUCUACUCCUACAACAUCACGUUCAGCGGUCGCACCUGCCGCUGCCUCGGUACCACAGAUCUCAGCUGCCACUUCUCUUUCCCGCCGAUCGACGGCUGUAUCUGUGCGGAGGGAACCUAUCUGGAUGACUCUGGGAAGUGUGUCGCCUCUGAGGCUUGUCCCUGCUAUGACAAAAGCUCUGUGGUGUCUCCUGGAGAGGUUAUCAACAAGGACGGAGUCAUAUGCACCUGUAAGGAGGGCAAACUCAGCUGCAUUGGGGAGGUACAGCCAGCAACCUGCGCUCCCCCCAUGGUGUUCUUCAACUGCUCUGCCAAUGGUCCAGCUGCAAAAGGAACCGAGUGUGAUAAGAGCUGCAACACAUUAGACAUGGCCUGUGUGACCACAGGGUGUGUGUCUGGUUGCAUGUGUCCACCUGGGAUGGUAUCUGAUGGUAAAGGGCACUGCAUCAAGCCAGAGGCCUGUCCCUGUGUUCACAAUGGCAUCUCCUACCACCCUGGAGAGACCACCAGGGUGGACUGCAACACCUGCACUUGUAAAGAUAGAAAAUGGAUCUGCUCUACCAAUCAGUGUGAUGGAACCUGCUCUGUCUAUGGUGCUGGACACUACAUGACCUUUGAUCGGAAGCGCUUCACCUUUGAUGGCAACUGUGAAUACGUUCUCGCUCAGGACUACUGUGGCAGUGCUCAGAGUAAUGGGACUUUCAGAGUGAUCACUGAGAAUGUUCCAUGUGGAACCACAGGAACCACCUGCUCUAAGACCAUCAAGAUCUUCCUGGAGAGAGCAGAACUGAUUCUCACAGAGGGAAACUAUCAGUUGCUUUCAAGUGGAAAGGAAGAAGUAGCCCCAUUCCAUUACAGCACUAUGGGCAACUACCUGGUAAUCGAAGCCAACAAUGGACUUAUUCUCAUGUGGGAUAGGAAGACCAGCUUGUUCAUCAAGCUCAGCCAAAAAUAUAAGGGUCGUGUGUGUGGGCUGUGUGGCAACUAUGACAACAAUGCAAAUAACGACUUCACUACAAGGUGCCAUGCAGUGGUAGUCAGCCCACUGGUGUUUGGAAACAGCUGGAAGGAUUUGCCAAGCUGCCCUGAUGCUCAGAGCAUUAGCAACCCCUGCACAGAAAAGCCAUACAGACAGUCGUGGGCCCAGAAACAGUGCAGCAUCAUACUGAGUGACAUCUUCUCCUCCUGCCACUCCAUUGUGGAUCCUUCUCCAUACUAUGAAGCAUGUGCGUUUGAUUCAUGUGCUUGUGACACUGGUGGAGACUGCGAGUGCUUCUGCACUGCUGUGGCUGCUUACGCUGAAUCCUGUAAUCAAGAAGGUGUCUGUGUACGAUGGAGAACACCUAAAAUCUGCCCUCUCUUCUGUGAUUACUACAACCCCCCUGGUGAAUGUGAAUGGCACUACAUGCCAUGUGGAUCUCCUUGUAUGAAAACCUGCAGGAACCCCUCAGGCAGCUGCUCCACAGAGAUACCUCCUCUAGAAGGUUGCUAUCCAAAGUGUCCUCCUGUUCAGCCAUACUUUGAUGAGGAUACAAUGACAUGUGUUGUAAAAGAACAAUGUGGCUGCUACGAUAAAGAUGGGAGACACUAUGACAAUGGUGACGAAGUGCCAACAACCAAAAACUGUUACACAUGCACAUGCAGUUCAAUGACCAUCAAAUGCCAUUACGAUGCACAAGCCUGUAGUUGCACAUAUCAUGGAAACAAAUAUCCCCCUGGCAAUACAAUUUAUAACACAACAGAUGGACAUGGUAACUGCAUGACAGCAGUGUGCAAGAAGGACGGUAUCAUUGACCAUGUGUCAUACCCAUGCCCAGUAUCUCCCCCGACAACAAAGCUGCCUACUGCAACCUCUACUACAACCAGCCAGUCUCCAACCACAUUUGUUUUUACAUCAACCACACCAGGGUCAGUCACGUGUAAUCCUUGUGAAUGGUCGCCAUGGUAUGAUUCCAGCUUCCCCGCACUUGGAACUCCAGGAGGAGACAAUGAAACAUAUGAAAAAAUUAGAGGGGCAGGGCACAAGAUAUGUAAUAAGCCAAGUCAGAUACAAUGCAGAGCAGAAAAAUUCCCAAAUGUCACCAGUGACAAUGUGGGACAAGUGGUGCAAUGUAACCUAGAUAAAGGGCUGACGUGCAGGAAUGAAGACCAGUCAGGGCCACUGGCCUUAUGCUUUAACUACCAGGUCAGAGUUCUGUGUUGUGACUAUAGAGCAUGCCCAACAAAGCCUGCUCCAUCAUCAGUACAUCCAACCUCAACCACAGUGAUACCUACAACAACAGAAUAUGUUACUAAAACACCUUGUCAAGAAAGAUUAUGCUUCUGGUCAAAAUGGAUAAGCUCAGACUACCCUGAACACCAUCCUGAUGGUGGGGACAAUGAAACCAUCAAACACAUCAUCCAAAAAGGAUAUAACAUCUGUGAGAAUCCAGUGGCAGUGGAGUGUCGGGGAGUGCACUAUGCAUCCACUCCUCUAAAACAAUUAGAGCAAAACAUAACAUGUAAUAACCACGUAGGACUCCUGUGCAAGAACAACUUACAGGAUCCCCCCAUAUGUUUAAAUUAUGAAAUAAAGGUAAAAUGUUGCAAGACAGUACAGUGCAACAUGACACUGCAUCCUACAAGUCCUACUUUUACAACCUCAUCCAGUACAACACAUCCACCUACAACUACUAAAUCAGCCACUACACCUUUAACCAAGACUGAAAAAACAACAACUCGACCAACUACAAUUACUACUACAACCAAAACUGAAACAACAACGUCUAUGCCACCUACAACUACUACUACUACAACCACAACAUCUCAGCAAAAUCCAACAACUACUACCAGAACUGAAACAACGACUACCCAGCCACCUACAACUUCUACCACCACACCUUCGACCACAACUGAAACAAUUAGGCAACCUACCACUGAACCUUGCCCUGGGGGACAUGAUGCAAAAUGUGGUUGGUCAGAUUGGAUCAAUCUUGGUGAACCCACACCAGGCCCCAAUGGUGGAGAAGAUGAAUCCAUCCAGAAAAUAAUUUCUGCUGGUUAUCACAUUUGCUCAGCUCCAGAAGAAGUCCAGUGUAGAGCUGUCAUUCACCCACAUCUUCCAAUAUCAGAUGUGGGGCAAGCUGUGAUUUGCAAUAAAAAUGUGGGUCUCAUAUGUAACAACACACAUCAAGGACUUCAGAAAGAGUGUUUGGAUUAUGAGAUUAAAUUCAAAUGUUGCGGUUGCCAAACACCAUCUACUACAACUCCCAUAACAACACCUCUUACUUCUACAACCAUGAGACCUACUACUGGAACUGAAACAACAACCCAGGCACCUACAACAACUACUUCAACCACUACAGCUUCUACCACAACUGAAACAACAACUCACCCAACUACAACUUCAACCACUACACCUACUACCACAACUGAAACAACAACUCACCCAACUACAACUACAACCACUACACCUUCUACAACAACUGAGCCACCUACAACUACCACUACAACCACAACUGAAACAACAACCCAGGCCCCUUCAACCACUACUUCAACCACUACACCUUCUACCACAGCUGAAACAACAACUCACCCAACUACAACUACAACCACUACACCUACUACCACAACUGAAACAACAACUCACCCAACUACAACUACAACCACUACACCUUCUACAACAACUGAGCCACCUACAACUACCACUACAACCACAACUGAAACAACAACCACAACAUCUCAGCCAACUACAACAACUACUACUACCACAACUGAAACAACAACUACCCGGCCACCUACAACCACCUCAACUAAUACACCUACUACCACAGCUGAAAGAACAACUACAACUUCAACCACCGCAGCUUCAACCACAACCGAAACGACUACUACCACCAGGCCACCUACAACUGGACCUUGCCCUGGGGGACAUGAUGCAACAUGUGGUUGGUCAGAUUGGAUCAAUCUUGGUGAACCCACACCAGGCCCCAAUGGUGGAGAAGAUGAAUCCAUCCAGAAAAUAAUUUCUGCUGGUUAUCACAUUUGCUCAGCUCCAGAAGAAGUCCAGUGUAGAGCUGUGAUUCACCCACAUCUUUCAAUAUCAGAUGUAGGGCAAGCUGUGAUUUGCAAUAAAAAUGUGGGUCUCAUAUGUAACAAUAAAAAUCAAGGACUUCAGAAAGAGUGUUUGGAUUAUGAGAUUAAAUUCAAAUGUUGCGGUUGCCAAACACCAUCUACUACAAAUCCCACUACAACACCUCUUACUUCUACAACCAAGAGACCUACUACUGGAACUGAAACAACAACCCAGGCACCUACAACAACUACUUCAACCACUACAGCUUCUACCACAGCUGAAACAACAACUCACCCAACUACAACUACAACCACUACACCUACUACCACAACUGAAACAACAACUCACCCAACUACAACUACAACCACUACACCUUCUACAACAACUGAGCCACCUACAACAACCACUACAACCACAACUGAACCAACAACUCACCCAACUACAACUACAACCACUACACCUUCUACAACAACUGAGCCACCUACAACUACCACUACAACCACAACUGAAACAACAACUCACCCAACUACAACUACAACCACUACACCUUCUACAACAACUGAAACAACAACUGAGCCACCUACAACUACCACUACAACCACAACUGAAACAACAACCACAACAUCUCAGCCAACUACAACAACUACUACUACCACAAUUGAAACAACAACUACCCGGCCACCUACAACCACCUCAACUACUACACCUACUACCACAGCUGAAAGAACAACUACAACUUCAAACACCACACCUUCAACCACAACCGAAACGACUACUACCACCAGGCCACCUACUGUACCUUGCCCUGGGGGACAUGAUGCAACAUGUGGUUGGUCAGAUUGGAUCAAUCUUGGGGAACCCACACCAGGCCCCAAUGGUGGAGAAGAUGAAUCCAUCCAGAAAAUAAUUACCGCUGGUUAUCACAUUUGCUCAGCUCCAGAAGAAGUCCAGUGUAGAGCUGUGAUUCACCCACAUCUUUCAAUAUCAGAUGUGGGGCAAGCUGUGAUUUGCAAUAAAAAUGUGGGUCUCAUAUGUAACAACAUACAUCAAGGACUUCAGAAAGAGUGUUUGGAUUAUGAAAUUAAAUUCAAAUGUUGCAGUUGCCAAACACCAUCUACUACAAAUCCCAUUACAACAUCUCUUACUUCUACAACCACGAGACCUACUACUGGAACUGAAACAACAACCCAGGCUCCUACAACAACUACUUCAACCACUACAGCUUCUACCACAGCUGAAACAACAACUCACCCAACUACAACUACAACCACUACACCUACUACCACAACUGAAACAACAACUCACCCAACUACAACUACCACUACAACAACAACUGAAACAACAACCACAACAUCUCAGCCAACAACAACUCCUACUACUACCACAAUUGAAACAACAACUACCCGGCCACCUGCAACCACCUCAACUACUACACCUACUACCACAGCUGAAAAAACAACUACAACUUCAACCACCACACCUUCAACCACAACUGAAACGACUACUACCACCAGGCCACCUACAACUGGACCUUGCCCUGGGGGACAUGAUGCAACAUGUGGUUGGUCAGAUUGGAUCAAUCUUGGUGAACCCACACCAGGCCCCAAUGGUGGAGAAGAUGAAUCCAUCCAGAAAAUAAUUUCUGCUGGUUAUCACGUUUGCUCAGCUCCAGAAGAAGUCCAGUGUAGAGCUGUGAUUCACCCAUAUCUUUCAAUAUCAGAUGUGGGGCAAGCUGUGAUUUGCAAUAAAAAUGUGGGUCUCAUAUGUAACAACAAACAUCAAGGACUUCAGAAAGAGUGUUUGGAUUAUGAGAUUAAAUUCAAAUGUUGCGGUUGCCAAACACCAUCUACUACAAAUCCCAUUACAACACCUCUCACUUCUACAACCAUGAGACCUACUACUGGAACUGAAACAACAACCCAGGCACCUACAACAACUACUUCAACCACUACACCUUCUACCACAACUGAAACAACAACUCACCCAACUACAACUACAACCACUACACCUACUACCACAACUGAAACAACAACUCACCCAACUACAACUACUACCACUACACCUACUACCACAACUGAAACAACAACUCACCCAACUACAACUACAACCACUACACCUUCGACAACAACUGAAACAACAACUGAGCCACCUACAACUACCACUACAACCACAACUGAAACAACAACCACAACAUCUCAGCCAACUACAACAACUACUACUACCACAAUUGAAACAACAACUACCCGGCCACCUACAACCACCUCAACUACUACACCUACUACCACAGCUGAAAGGACAACUACAACUUCAACCACCACACCUUCAACCACAACCGAAACGACUACUACCACCAGGCCACCUACUGGACCUUGCCCUGGGGGACAUGAUGCAACAUGUGGUUGGUCAGAUUGGAUCAAUCUUGGUGAACCCACACCAGGCCCCAAUGGUGGAGAAGAUGAAUCCAUCCAGAAAAUAAUUUCCGCUGGUUAUCACAUUUGCCCAGCUCCAGAAGAAGUCCAGUGUAGAGCUGUCAGUCACCCACAUCUUUCAAUAUCAGAUGUGGGGCAAGCUGUGAUUUGCAAUAAAAAUGUGGGUCUCAUAUGUAACAACAUACAUCAAGGACUUCAGAAAGAGUGUUUGGAUUAUGAAAUUAAAUUCAAAUGUUGCAGUUGCCAAACACCAUCUACUACAAAUCCCAUUACAACAUCUCUUACUUCUACAACCACGAGACCUACUACUGGAACUGAAACAACAACCCAGGCUCCUACAACAACUACUUCAACCACUACAGCUUCUACCACCACUGAAACAACAACUCACCCAACUACAACUACAACCACUACACCUACUACCACAACUGACACAACAACUCACCCAACUACAACUACAACCACUACAACAACUGAAACAACAACCACAACAUCUCAGCCAACAACAACUCCUACUACUACCACAAUUGAAACAACAACUACCCGGCCACCUACAACCACCUCAACUACUACACCUACUACCACAGCUGAAACAACAACUACAACUUCAACCACCACACCUUCAACCACAACUGAAACGACUACUACCACCAGGCCACCUACAACUGGACCUUGCCCUGGGGGACAUGAUGCAACAUGUGGUUGGUCAGAUUGGAUCAAUCUUGGUGAACCCACACCAGGCCCCAAUGGUGGAGAAGAUGAAUCCAUCCAGAAAAUAAUUUCUGCUGGUUAUCACAUUUGCUCAGCUCCAGAAGAAGUCCAGUGUAGAGCUAUGAUUCACCCACAUCUUUCAAUAUCAGAUGUGGGGCAAGCUGUGAUUUGCAAUAAAAAUGUGGGUCUCAUAUGUAACAACAUACAUCAAGGACUUCAGAAAGAGUGUUUGGAUUAUGAAAUUAAAUUCAAAUGUUGCAGUUGCCAAACACCAUCUACUACAAAUCCCAUUACAACACCUCUUACUUCUACAACCAUGAGACCUACUACUGGAACUGAAACAACAACCCAGGCACCUACAACAACUACUUCAACCACUACACCUUCUACCACAACUGAAACAACAACUCACCCAACUACAACUACAACCACUACACCUACUACCACAACUGAAACAACAACUCACCCAACUACAACUACUACCACUACACCUACUACCACAACUGAAACAACAACUCACCCAACUACAACUACAACCACUACACCUUCUACAACAACUGAAACAACAACUGAGCCACCUACAACUACCACUACAACCACAACUGAAACAACAACCACAACAUCUCAGCCAACUACAACAACUACUACUACCACAAUUGAAACAACAACUACCUGGCCACCUACAACCACCUCAACUACUACACCUACUACCACAGCUGAAAGAACAACUACAACUUCAACCACCACACCUUCAACCACAACCGAAACGACUACUACCACCAGGCCACCUACUGGACCUUGCCCUGGGGGACAUGAUGCAACAUGUGGUUGGUCAGAUUGGAUCAAUCUUGGUGAACCCACACCAGGCCCCAAUGGUGGAGAAGAUGAAUCCAUCCAGAAAAUAAUUUCCGCUGGUUAUCACAUUUGCCCAGCUCCAGAAGAAGUCCAGUGUAGAGCUGUCAGUCACCCACAUCUUUCAAUAUCAGAUGUGGGGCAAGCUGUGAUUUGCAAUAAAAAUGUGGGUCUCAUAUGUAACAACAUACAUCAAGGACUUCAGAAAGAGUGUUUGGAUUAUGAAAUUAAAUUCAAAUGUUGCAGUUGCCAAACACCAUCUACUACAAAUCCCAUUACAACAUCUCUUACUUCUACAACCACGAGACCUACUACUGGAACUGAAACAACAACCCAGGCUCCUACAACAACUACUUCAACCACUACACCUUCUACCACAACUGAAACAACAACUCACCCAACUACAACUACAACCACUACACCUACUACCACAACUGAAACAACAACUCACCCAACUACAACUCCAACCACUACACCUACUACCACAACUGACACAACAACUGAGCCACCUACAACUUCCACUACAACCACAACUGAAACAGCAACCACAACAUCUCAGCCAACUACAACAACUACUACUACCACAAUUGAAACAACAACUACCCGGCCACCUACAACCACCUCAACUACUACACCUACUACCACAGCUGAAACAACAACUACAACUUCAACCACCACACCUUCAACCACAACUGAAACGACUACUACCACCAGGCCACCUAUAACUGGACCUUGCCCUGGGGGACAUGAUGCAACAUGUGGUUGGUCAGAUUGGAUCAAUCUUGGUGAACCCACACCAGGCCCCAAUGGUGGAGAAGAUGAAUCCAUCCAGAAAAUAAUUUCUGCUGGUUAUCACAUUUGCUCAGCUCCAGAAGAAGUCCAGUGUAGAGCUGUGAUUCACCCACAUCUUUCAAUAUCAGAUGUGGGGCAAGCUGUGAUUUGCAAUAAAAAUGUGGGUCUCAUAUGUAACAACAAACAUCAAGGACUUCAGAAAGAGUGUUUGGAUUAUGAGAUUAAAUUCAAAUGUUGCGGUUGCCAAACACCAUCUACUACAAAUCCCAUUACAACACCUCUUACUUCUACAACCAUGAGACCUACUACUGGAACUGAAACAACAACCCAGGCACCUACAAAAACUACUUCAACCACUACACCUACUACCACAACUGACACAACAACUCACCCAACUACAACUACAACCACUACACCUACUACCACAACUGAAACAACAACUCACCCAACUACAACUACAACCACUACACCUUCUACAACAACUGAGCCACCUACAACUACCACUACAACCACAACUGAAACAACAACCACAACAUCUCAGCCAACUACAACAACUACUACUACCACAAUUGAAACAACAACUACUCGGCCACCUACAACCACCUCAACAACUACACCUACUACCACAGCUGAAACAACAACUACAACUUCAACCACCACAGCUUCAACCACAACCGAAACGACUACUACCACCAGGCCACCUACAACUGUACCUUGCCCUGGGGGACAUGAUGCAACAUGUGGUUGGUCAGAUUGGAUCAAUCUUGGUGAACCCACACCAGGCCCCAAUGGUGGAGAAGAUGAAUCCAUCCAGAAAAUAAUUUCCGCUGGUUAUCACAUUUGCUCAGCUCCAGAAGAAGUCCAGUGUAGAGCUGUCAGUCACCCAUAUCUUUCAAUAUCAGAUGUGGGGCAAGCUGUGAUUUGCAAUAAAAAUGUGGGUCUCAUAUGUAACAACAUACAUCAAGGACUUCAGAAAGAGUGUUUGGAUUAUGAGAUUAAAUUCAAAUGUUGCGGGUGCCCAACACCAUCUACAACAAAUCCCACUACAACACCUCUUACUUCUUCAACCACAAGACUUACUACAACCCAGCCACCUACAACUACUACAUCGACCACUUCAACUUCUACCACAACCGAGUUACCUGUAGUGACAGGAGAAAUCUAUCAACCAGUGACCAAGCCACAGAUUUGCAAUUGUUUUCAUAACGGUUCAAAGUUCAGCAGUGGUUCCAUAGUCUACAAUGAGACAGACUAUAAUGGCCACUGUUACAUAGGGUACUGCAAUGAGAGCUGUCUUGUGGUGCAGAAACACUACCAGUGUUCUACAUCUGGGAAAGAUUGCAAUGAUGUAACUCCUACAAGAAAGCAUGGUGAAACUUGGAGGGAUAAAAACUGUCGCAUAGGAAUAUGUAAUAAUGGCCAUGUGAACUAUAACCACACACAAUGUCCAACUCCGAAGCCUGUAGUUUGUGCAAAUAACUUCCCUGCUAUUGAAGUGAAAGAUGAUGAUGAUGAAUGUUGCUCCCACUAUGAAUGCCAAUGCAUGUGCUACGGUUGGGGAGAUCCCCAUUAUGUCACCUUCGACGGAACCUACUAUGCUUUUCAAGGCAACUGCUCCUACUGGCUGGUGAAAGAGAUCUUGCCCAAAUACCACUUCAGCGUUAUGAUCGAUAACUUCUACUGCGGUUCAGUUGAUGGCUUGUCCUGUCCUCAGUCCAUCACUGUCUUCUACAAAAGCUACAAGAUCUUUAUUACACAGAAGGAUUUUAAUGGCCAUUUCACAAACAAGAUUUCCGUAAAUGACAAGCCUGUAAGGCCUGCAUACCAAAAUGGUGACUUCCGUAUAACCACCACCGGUAUUGAUACAGUGCUCAUCAUCCCAAAAAUUCAUGCCAAGGUCACCUUCUCCGGACUCAUAUUCGGUAUCACCCUGCCUUAUAGUGAAUUUGGCGGAAACACGCAGGGACAGUGUGGCACAUGUGACAACAACCGAAAAGAUGACUGCAUGCUGCCCAGUGGCAAAAUUGAUCCUUCAUGUCCUAAUAUGGCACACGAGUGGCACACUAACAACAGUCACUGUGAACCUCCAGUUCAGCCUUCACCAAUACCUACGCCUAAUACCUGUAAUACAACCAUCUGUGAGAUCAUCAAGAGCAGUGUGUUUGAAGCUUGCCACAAGAUCAUCGACUACAGUCCGUUUGUUGAGGGCUGCGAGUUUGAUGUGUGCCACAUGCACCUUCCUCACAUCGGCUGCAGUAGUUUAAAAACCUAUGCUAAAGUCUGUGCUGAGGCUGGAGUAUGCAUUGACUGGAGGAGUGCCACCGAUGGCCUAUGUGAAUAUAAUUGUCCAAGUUCCAAAGUGUACAAGGCCUGUGGCCCAUUGGUGGAGCCUACGUGUGAUUCCUGGUACAACCAGAAAUUUAUCUAUGCUGUCAGUGAUUUCAGUGCCAUGACCGAUGUGAAGCUGGAGGGUUGUUACUGCCCAAAUGACACCUUCCUCCUCUCUUCCUCCAACUCAAAUGAAUGUGUGCCAACCUGCGAAAUUUGUCGGUUGCCAAACAAAAAAUGGGUGAAGGCCAAUGCAACAUGGACAGAAGGCUGUGAAGAGUGUAUGUGUGAGGAAGACACACUGGAGGUCACCUGCCGUCACGUGUCCUGUCCAACACAGCCACCCCUCAGCUGUGACCAAGAGGGUCAGGUCAAGGUCACCUACACCACUGGCUGCUGUCAAAAGGAUAAAUGUGAGUGUGAUGUGAGGCAGUGCUCUAAUUUUGUGCCGUCCUGUCCUGCUGGUCACACUCUAAAAACCGUGAUGGAAGUCUGCUGUUUCAAAUACUCCUGCGAGAUUAAACCGAAUGUGUGCGUUUAUAACAAACACGAGUAUCAGGUUGGAGACCUGGUGCCCAAGAGCCCAUGUGACAAGUGCACUUGUACUGAGCAGACAGACGCCAGCAGCCACUAUCACACAAUAAAGUGUCAGCCUAUACCAUGUGACACACACUGCCCUCUGGGUUAUGAAUAUCAGAUCGUCCCGGGCCAGUGCUGUGGAAAGUGUGUCCAAACAAGCUGCGUUGUGACACUGUCGAAGAACGAAACACACACUUUAAAGCCUGGCACCCUGUGGACACCCGCUGGGAAACCCUGUGUGAAGUUUGAGUGUGUGAAGAUCGGGAAUCAGUUCAUCACGGUCGAGGCCAAGACCACCUGUCCUCUCUAUGACGCCAAUGAAUGCAUACCGGGAACAGAGACCAUAGCUCCAGACGGAUGCUGUCGUGUCUGUGUGCAGAAGGGUCAUCAAUGCAGUGUGACCACCUCCGCUGUGCAACUGGAGAGCCAGGGCUGCCAAUCCAAGGAGCUGGUGAACGUCACGUCGUGUAGUGGAACAUGUGGCACAUUCAGCUUCUACUCCACCAAAAUGAAAUCCCUGAAGCACACCUGCGCCUGCUGCCAGGAGGUGGCCACGUCUGAGAGGCAGGUCCACCUCUCCUGCCCAGAAGACAACGACUUAGUCUACACCUACAUCCACAUUGACGCCUGCGGGUGCCUCAAGACAGAUUGCUCUGUGCUUGGCAGCAGUGGACUGGUGAAGACCCCCUCCAGCACCAGGUCCCAGCGACGCAGGAGAUGAGGCAAACAAGAGGGCUGGCAUUUGGACCAGUCACUUGUAAUGCACAUGAAUUUUAGGACUGUAACUGACCAAUCAGAAUUUAAUCAGUCAGUUAGAUUUGCAUGCUUGCUUGAUUCUUCUAUUUAUGUUAAAUGUAUUAGCAUACUUGGAUCUAGUUUGACAAGAUUGUAUACCCACAAAGUUCUCAUUAAUAAAAAUCGUACUGUGGCUACAGGCUGAGCAA